AUGGUUUCCGAGCAAGCCCCCUUCGCUCACCAACUCCCCAACGGCCAAACAGCAGGAUCAGCUUCCGACAUGGGUCUUCCCGCAGAGGGAUCCGGCACGAGCAGAACAGACAGUAUCGCACCGAACAUCGGUAACGUGGAUGCACCAUCGAUCCCGGCGGUUCCCGUGUCAGGUUUGGAAGGAACGCCGAGUAAAAAGGCGGUAAAGAGUAAAGCACAGUUGAAGAGGGAGAAAAGGAAGAGCAAGAAGUUGGCUGGGAGGGAGGAGAGUAUGUCUGAUAUGUCUGAUGUUGAAUCGGUCGCGAAUACCCCCGCCCCGAAAUUGCGAGUAGAGAAUGUGGCCAAAUCCGACCCCGACACGAUCCUAACCACCUUCGAAGUAAGCGAAGACGACCCCGCCUACGCCGAAUUCAAAAAAGUCUUCGAACGCUUCAACGCAUCCGAAUCAGACUCCACCGCUCAAACCCUCACAACAACUGAAGACAAAGGCGAGGUGAUGUACAAUGACGAUGACGAUAUCCCAUCGGAAGAUUCAGACAACGAACAAGACCAAAAAAUGUCUAAAAAGAAAGCGAGAAAGAUGAACAGAUUAACCGUUGCCGAGCUGAAACAGUUGGUCAAGAAACCCGAUGUGGUGGAGUGGACGGACGUUACGGCACAAGAUCCGCGAUUGUUGGUACAUCUUAAAUCGUACAGAAAUACGGUCCCCGUCCCCGCACACUGGUCCCAAAAACGAGACUAUCUGUCGAGUAAGAGGGGUAUCGAAAAACCUCCAUUCGAGUUACCAGAAUUCAUCAAACAAACCGGUAUCGCUGAAAUGCGCUCAAACGUCCAAGAAAAAGAAGCAGCCCAAUCCCUCAAACAAAAAAUGCGAUCAAAGAUGCAACCAAAGAUGGGUCGACUGGAUAUGGACUACCAAAAACUCCAUGACGCAUUUUUCCGGUUCCAGACGAAACCACAUAUGACGGAGUAUGGAGAGGUAUAUUAUGAGGGGAAGGAGUUCGAGACGAACCUCCACUCAAAACGCCCGGGCGACCUCUCGGACGAUCUCAAAGAAGCACUCAACAUCCCCCCCGGCGCACCCCCACCCUGGCUUAUCAACAUGCAACGAUUCGGACCUCCGCCAUCCUAUCCCUCUCUCCGCAUCCCCGGGCUUAACGCACCGAUUCCGUCAGGAGCACAAUGGGGAUUCCAUCCGGGUGGGUGGGGAAAGCCGCCUGUCGAUGAGUUCAAUCGGCCGCUUUGGGGAGAUGUGUUUGGGGUUCUGGAGAAGGGUGGGAAGCCGCUUGAUCCAGGAGAGCCAAUCGAACGCAAUCUCUUCGGACAACUCGAGGAGGUCGAGGAGGACGACGAGGAAGAGGAGGAAGAAGAAGAAGAAGAUGGGGAGGAGGAAGACGAAGAAGUCGACGGAGCGAGCAUGGCCGGCGGCCUCGAAACUCCCUCAGGGAUCGCGACACCCUCCGGCAUGGCCUCCGCUGUCCCCUCUGGCCUCGAGACACCGGAGUUUAUCGAAUUACGGAAACAGCGUGCGGAACUCGAAGACGAAGAAGACCAUUCAGGACGAAGUUUGUAUGCCAUCCUACCGGAACAAAACCAGAAAAUCCGUGGCUUCAUGGGUUCGCAACACGGCUACGAUAUUGCCGCCGCCACUGGCCGUCCACCCAUCCUGGGCCAAGAAGAAUCCCGAAAACGAAAAAGUAUGGACGGGGUGAACGUCGCUCUCGACCCCUCCGCCCUCGAAGGCGGGGAAGACCUCAGCGAGGAGCAGUUACGUGCGGCGUACGAGAGUGAAAGAGCGAGGCAGGCGGUUGAGAAACAUGGCUUCCAGGAGGAUUUGUCGGAUAUGGUUGCGGAGCAGGCGGCGAAGGCUGCGAGGAAGAGGCAGAAGACGGUGCAGGCGGGGGACAAGAAGAAGGAGAAGUACAAGUUUUAG